UUAGAAUAUUGGUAAAAUCCAUGCAAACAGAAAUUUAGAGGGAGCUUCCUGUGGUAAUUUAAAGCCAAAAUUGGUAUAUUUCUUGCUCUGACCUCACAAAGACCCACUGGGAUUGCAUUCCCAGAACAGAGUAGGGAAAGCACUGACUAUAAUUGGUUUUGUUCCUAUACAGGUAAAAAAAUCUUAUUUGUACUAUUCUACAUCAACACAGUGAAAACAUCCUUUAUGUUUUGAAAUCUACAAGUUCUAGUUGGUGAUGACAAUGAACCCUGCUAAAAGUGAGGCAAUGGCAAGCCAGGCUCUGGAACCAGCCUCAUCUGUUAAAGAAGAACUCAGUAAACAUUAUGAUCUCCUAAGAACAUUAGGCCAAGGGACUUUUGCGGAAGUUAAGUUGGCCAAGCAUAAAAUAAGUAAAAAGACAGUGGCAAUCAAGAUCAUAAAUAAAGUAGAUGAUGCCAACCACCCGUCUUCAGAAGGCAUAAUACUAAGGAACUUGAAUCAUCCACGUAUUAUCAAAUUAUACCAUAUUGUUGAAAGCCCUAUGACGACUUGUUUGGUUCUUGAGUAUGCUACCCAAGGUGACCUCCUUGAGUAUGUUAUACAAUACAAACGCCUAAAGGAAGAAGAGGCCUGCAGGAUAUUCCACCAGCUUGUAGAUGCUGUGGAAUUUUGUCAUAAAAAUCAUGUUGUACACCGUGAUCUAAAACCAGAAAAUGUAUUAAUUGAUAAUGACUAUAAUAUUAAACUGAGUGACUUUGGUCUCAGUGCCUUUUUUUCAGAUGAGAAACCCCUCGAACUGUACUGUGGAACAAUGCCAUUUAUGGCUCCAGAAAUUAUCAAGUGCCAACCUUACCAUGGACCAGAAAUAGAUAUUUGGAGCCUUGGUGUAAUUCUUUUUUACAUGGUCACAGGCUCGGUGCCCUUUCCAUCAGAGGAUUUUGUAGAACUGGAAGGACAGUUUCUGCAGCUAAGGAAAGUCAUACCAACUCACCUUUCACCAGAACUGCACACUCUUAUAUGUGAUAUAUUAAAAAUUGAUCCCCUAGAGAGACCUCCAAUAGCACACCUCAAGAGGCACCCAUGGCUAAAGAUCUCGCCACCAUGUUGCAUGGAAAAUAAGCGCAAGGCUUCUUAUGAUCGUGUUACAAAAGCCAUGUGUGCUAUGGGAUUCAGCCUACGGGGCAUCAGGGAGUCUCUCCUCCACGACCAAUAUGACAACACAAUGGCGACAUACCUCUUAUUAGAAGAAAUGGCACCCGAAGAUGCCAUCGAUGUCAUACAAUCCAAGCCACACGACCAAGGAGGUACUUGUAAGCCCCCUACCAUCAUUUUUUCAGUAAGAGAAAGAGACAUUGAGUCUUCUGGGCACAAUGUCACUUCACCCUUGAAACCUUACAUGUCUGAUGAUGAGAUCUGCUCAUCAGAGAAGAGCAGCAAGGCCUCAGGAAUACCUCCAAGUUGUCUUCCCUACAGGCGGCCAAUAAGUUCAUCUGCUUGGAACCAAUCUGGCCUGCCUGGUGCUGAUGCUGUGCCAGUCUGCAUGAGUGGAAGCAGGAGGUACUAUACACAACUGAAGAGCUUGUCCUCUGAGAACCCACUGGCCGAGCCUAGUGUUGACCCUGUGCCAGUCUGCAUGAGUGGAAGCAGGAGGUACUAUACACAACUGAAGAGCUUGUCCUCUGAGAACCCACUGGCCGAGCCUAGUGUUGACCCUGUGCCAGUCUGCAUGAGUGGAAGUGGAAAGCAAAUAGUCAUCAGGGACUUGUUCCCAGCCCCAAGUCAUCAAGACAAUCUGGUGGGUCGGAGUGCGCCAGCUUCCAUCACACACACACAUGCCAACUCCCAGGGGCUGGGAUCAUCCAUCCGUCCAGAACAAACUGUCAUUGUUAGAAGAGCCACCACUGCCAACAAUGAAACAAAGCCCAACCCAUCCCCACAUUCUCGGCUGGUGGUAGUCAAUGUAACUCGCUGGUGCUACCCAAUAUCAACAGAGGUCACCCAUGAAGUAAGAGUCAAUAAAUCCGUCCGAGUUUCUGUGGUGAAAACCACGCCCACUUCAGCAUCACACACUCAAGUCAUCACCAGGGAUGCUAAUCACAGCAAUCAAACUUUCUCAGCAACCCAAUCAUCACUACUGCAAGACAACCUCAGUAGUCAGCCCCAAGUUGCACCAACUACCAAGUGCAACACAGCGGGCAUCAACCCCAUUGAAGACUCCAAGAAGAAACAUAUCCCUUUGACACAAUCAUGUUCCAAAACUGCCACCAUGAAUACUGUACACAGCACCAAAUACUACUCAUCCUACAGGUCCUCACUAACUGAAGAUGAUCUCAGUGGUCAGCUCCAAGUUGCACCAAUCACCAACCAUGACGUAGAGGAUAUCAUCUCUAUUGAAGAUUCCAUGAAGAGUAAUACCCUCCCAGCACAAGGCAGCAGUGAAGCUACCAUUGAGAACAGUGACAGAAAGCAUGACUCAUCCAUGAUAGACAAAGACAAAGGGAACACAGAUUUUAAAAUGAGCAGUCAUCGAAGUAUCCCAAGGAGGAUUUUAUCCUGGCUCCGCAAGCUUUGUUGUUGUUCUUGCCGGGGGACCAAAGCCAAAUGCCCUAAAAUUGGAAAGAAAGUCACUCCCCAGAGAAGUUGUCAACAUCCAGACUGA